CUCUUAUGACUUAUGUGCGACAGAGUCUAAUGAGAAAACAAUUUAAGCCAGAGCUCCAGGGCUGAAGGAGAUAUUAAGUAGACACCUAACCUGUCACUUGGUGUCAGUACAGAAUUGUGAUACGCAAAUAAAUGUACUAAGACCAGCCCCGUUAAAUGCGACUAUAGUGCCUCCAAAAGUAGUCUCUGUACCUGAAAGUCCCAUCUACUUGGGAGGCUGAGGCAGGAGGAUCACUUUAGCCCAGGAGCUCGAGGUUGCAAUGAGCUAUGAUUAUAUCACUCACUACACCGUAGCCUAGGUAAUAAAGAGAGACUUCAUCUCAUAAAAAAAAUAACAAUAGGGCACGUGCUCGCUCAGGUCUGGCCGGGUUGGCGUAGUGAGCCAGGGGCUAGCCGGGCGGCAUGGAGGGGACGUUGGCUGCUGCGCCAGGGGACAUCUCCCUGCACAACUUCAGUGCCAGGCUGUGGAAGCAGCUCAUCCACUUCCACGUUUUGCGGCUGACAGACUCACUCUUCCUGUGGGUGAGAGCCACAACGCACCUGCGCAACCUCCUGCGCAACCUUGCGGUGGCCAUGGGUAGACGCUAUGACUCCAUCCCCGUGUCUACCUCCGUCCUUGGAGAUACUGCUGACAGGACCUCCGCUGGCCUUGCCCAGUGCCUCACCAGGAAGGCCAAUAUACAGGUGUUUGUCAGCUAUAACCUUCAAAACACAGACAGUAACUUCACAUUACUUGUAGAAAACAGGAUCAAGGAAGAAAUGGAGACUUUUCUGGAAAAGUUCUGAGUGGCAGAAGUGAG